AUGAUGUCGAGUCAUGGCUUGCAGAUGAUCUCCUUGUUCAAUCGGGGUCAGCGAAGACACGACCCUUUCUAUGUCUGCCCUUGCCUGUUUCACUAUUUCUUUGUCCCCGGUUACAUACCUCCAUCGAUUGACAGAGAUCCCGAUCAAAAUGGCAGCAGGAUGCGAGGAGCAAUGAGAGAGGAUGGAACACCCUUAUCUCAACACGCUGCACGAUUGCGCCUAAUGCUCAAAAUUGGGCCGGCAGUUCGUCUAGCUCUCGAUGCUCGUGGAUGGGUCGAGACUAGUGUUCUGUUCAACUUUUGA